GUGAGGCUGGGCCGCGCCUGUUAGGCUCCGGGCUCCGGGUUGCAGCGGGGUGGCCCAGGGCAAUACGGGGCUGCGGCGAGUGACCGAGGGUGGCGGGGCCUUGCUGCCCUAGACGCGGCUCCUCAGCCUGGGCGCUGAGGGUCGGGCGGCCUCCGCGGCGACAGUCCCCUCCGCUCUCGCUGGGUCUUUGGUGGGCGACAGCGAGAGCUCAGGCUUGGUAUCCCGAGCAGGGGUCUCCCUGGCCCUUGGGGACGUGCUGGGCAUGGUGGAGAGUCCUCCGAAACACGGCUUUUUUCACCUCGGUGGCGGUACCGUGACACCCCCUCCCUUCCACCCUUUCGCUGUGGGAACCCAGUCACUAGGACCAGAUUUGAGACAGUUUCUGCCCUAGACAGCUGACCCCGUCUCGGAUGUGGCCUCAUGGAUGAGCUGGUACAUGACUUAGCCUCAGCCUUGGAGCAGACGUCUGAGCAGAGUAAGCUUGGUGAGCUGUGGGAGGAGAUGGCCCUGAGCCCCAGGCAGCAGAGGCGGCAGCUUCGGAAGCGCAGAGGCCGAAAACGCAGGUCUGACUUUUCUCACCUGGUAGAGCAUGCCUGCUGCUUCAGUGAAGCCUCCGAGUCAAGUCUGGAUGAAACCACCAAGGACUGCCGAGAAGUGGCUCCGCUCACCAAUUUUAGUGACUCUGAUGACACAAUGGUGAGCAAACGGCACCCAGCUCUCAGUGCCAUCAUUCGGAGUAAGCCACAUUCUUGGCAUGAAUCUGACUCCUUUACAGAAAAUGCGCCUUGCCGACCACUCAGGCGCCGGCGGAAGGUGAAGAGAGUGACGUCAGAGGUGGCCGCCAGCCUUCAGCAGAAGCUGAAGGUGUCAGAUUGGAGCUACGAGAGAGGCUGCAGGUUCAAGUCUGCCAAGAAGCAGCGUUUGUCCCGCUGGAAGGAGAACACUCCCUGGACCUCAUCAGGGCAUGGGCUGUGUGAGGCAGCAGAAAACAGGACUUUCCUAAGCAGAACAGGAAGGAAAGAGAGGAUGGAGUGUGAAGCGGAGGAAGCGAAGCAGGGCUCUGAUGAGAACAUGUCAGAAUGCGAAACUAGCAGUGUAUGCAGCAGCAGCGACACAGGGCUUUUCACCAAUGAUGAAGGACGGCAAGGGGAUGAUGAGCAAAGUGAUUGGUUUUAUGAAGGAGAAUGUGUCCCCGGAUUCACCGUUCAUAACCUUCUGCCCAAGUGGGCUCCUGAUCACUGCCCUGAAGUAGAAAGAAUGGACUCUGGACUGGAUAAACUCUCAGAUCCCACAUUCCUUUUACCUUCCCGGCCAGCUCAAAGAGGAUACCAUGCUCGUCUGAAUCGGUUGCCAGGAGCUGCAGCUCGGUGCCUCAGGAAGGGGCGGAGAAGGCUGGCGGGGAAGGAGACCAGCCUAAGCAGUUUAGGAACCGAGAGGAUAAGCCAUGUCAUCAGUGACCCUCGCCAGAAAGAAAAGAAUAAAGCAUUGGCUUCUGAUUUUCCUCCCAUUUCUGCUUGUGCACAUGAGUUUAAUCCUCUCUCCCCACUUUACUCCCUGGAUGUUCUUGCUGACUCUUCUCAUCGAAGGUGUUCCCCUGCACACUGCUCUGCCAGGCAGGCAAAGGUACACUGGGGACCACCAUGUUCACGUGACAUUAAGAGGAAACGGAAACCUGUGGCCUCAGCAUCUUUACCUAGCUCUAGUACAGUGCACCCAGAUGUGCUGGAGCUAGCCACCCCAGCCCAGAAGCCUCCCCACUCUGAGUGGUUGGACGGGAUCUCUGCAGCAGAGAAAGCCACUGCCUCAGCUCCAGCCACGUUUUUCAAAAUGCCACAUGAAAAGAGUUCCGGAUGCAGCUAGAACCCAGUAGCUGAUGGAUGUUGAAACUUUGUAUUAUACAGCCUUGGUGUCCUAAUAGGCACCCCUGGUCCUUGCACCACCAUGCCCCACUCCUCUUCACAUGGAGUGGUGGCUCUUUCUUUUAGAAGAUAUUAUUUGGGGAAUCUUUUUCUGUAAAGCAGCAGGGCAGCAGUUUUCUUUGAAGGGGGCAGGGCAUCUUCUGUUGUAUCCCUUACUCUGUUGUUAGCCCACUGUUCACUCCGCUGCUUUCCUAGAGCUGAUGCUCCUUGGCAGCUGUGUCUUUGUUCUAGUAACAGCUUUUGCCUCCCUUUUGCAUAGAGCUUUUACUAUCACCAAUGAAGUCCCAAAUUCACAGCCAAUUCCAAACACAUUCCUCCAUGGAAUGUGUCUAUGCUUGCCACCGAGCCUUUAUUUACUCUGUGCCGGUAAGAUACACCAACAAGUUCUCAGUUUGGGGCCUCAGAAGAGACACCAGCGCGAGGGGUUGGGAACUUCUUCCACUGGGCUCGCACAUGGACUGAGGGAUCACUAGCCGCUGCAUUGUCCUUGACCUCAUCUUCAUGGUCUGUGUUCUGCUGGAAGAGGGCACAUCUAAGCUCAGAGGUUGGUGUACUAAAAUGCAGAUGGAGGUUUAGGUGUGCAGCAAAAUAGUCAGUGGCUAGUGUUUGCUCUAGCAUUUCUGAUCCUGGCUUAAUUAUAUUCUGAGUGGGACUUCACUGUUAGUUAUUCUAUAGAUCAGUAGCCCGUGAUGAGCAGGGAGUCAUGCUCUGUUAUCUGGGAAGGAGAAAUGUCUUUGGGACAUGCCUCUGUGUGGCGUGUUUAUGACUGCUCAGCUGCAUGUAGAGCUGUAUAUACAGUUGUACCUGAAGUCAAUGCUACUUUGUCAAAGUGAGGAAUAUGUGACUGCCUGGAGCUGCUGGGGAAAAGCCACAUUUCCCAAAAGUAUUCUCAAGAGCACCUGUCAUUCAGGGGCCUGCUUGACAGGGCGCUCUUACUUUGUAUCAACCAAGUGCUUUUACUCUGAAAUACACAAGAGCUGAUGUUAAACAGUCAUUGCUUUGGUCACAUGGGACAGAACACCUCUCCCUUAGACAGAUGCCAGGUGAUCCAGUGCCUCGUUUUCCCAAAGUGUAAUUGUCCCUCCACACAGUGUAAUUAAUGUGAGGUGGGCAGAUGAUCAGAGUGUGAGUCUGUAUGGAAAGGGGACUCUGAAACUGCUUUUAUAGAUUAUGUGGAAGGCUGAGAAGGUAUCAGCUGACCUAAGAGAGUGGUGAAGGGAGAUGCAGACAGAGAUUAUAUAAUGGAGGGUAACACCUAAGCCUCCAGUCCCCCAGAAUCACCCUGAUUGUUAGAAGGAGUGACUGUCCUAUGGGGUGUCACAGCUACAUCCACAGAAGUUAGGGAAUGUGGCACUGUUUGAUGGCUCAGUGGUGAAAGUGGACUGUGUGGUGCAUUCUCACCUAGUUCCUGCAGUGGCCUGUGAAAUGUGGUUCUGACAUCCUGGGUUGGGCUAAGAGAGAGAUCUACUGAUAACACUUUUAAACCAGUUCCUAAACUUCAUGCAAACAUUGGUCCUGAUGAUGGCUUUUGAGACUGUCACAGUUAGGUGCAAAGAUAUUCCCGUAGCUCUCUUUUGUGGUCCAUUGCCAGGUCGUCCUCUCCUACCUGGGAUUUAAAGUAGUUUAUAUAUACAUAUUUAUUUACACUUUAAAUAUCUGAAGCGAUGCCAUUUUCAGAGGUAAAGGCAGACUUGCAUACUAUAUUCAGGCACAUGAGUAAGCCCAGACAAGCUAUAGACUUUGAUGCUAUUCUGCCCUGGGUUAUAUAAUCUGUGUUUCUCAUUGGUAUCCCUGGUCAGUCUGAGACUCAUGUCAAUAAUGUUUUUUCAUGAUUGUUUCAUUUUUCUUGGUCAUGAAUUUAUAUACAUUUCUGAAUAAUUUUGACAGGGAUCAGCCAAGAUUGUAAUAUCUACCUGUAAUGAAUGGGAAUAAAGUCAUUUACCUGAGAAAAUAGAAUAUUAAGCGCACAAAUACUUUCUAAUACAGGGUUGUAAAUUAUGCUCAUUUUAAGGUGUAAACACAUGCUUAGGGAAGCCAUUUAUUCUGCUAUUUCUCUGUCAACCAGCUUCAGGGGCUAACUUUAGUAUCAGCUGUAUUUUAAACCUUACAUUUAAAAAUUUUUAUGACACAGUGGAUAAUGCCAUAAAUUAAGAUCUGCUUUUCAAGGAGAGGUGCGGUUUUGUUGUCAAUAUUGAAGAUCACCAGACAGACCUUAAAGAUAUAAGAAGUUAAUGAAGCCAAGAGCCACGGUUCUGACUUCUGAGUUCUGAUAAAUCCUUACAGACUACACAGAUGUUUCUCUGAAUUUUACUGUUGUGUUUUUUUUCCUAAAACGUCAAACGUAUUAUCUACUUGCAUGACGUCAUUCACAAGUUGUUAGCUUUGCAGAGGAGUUUGAGGGAAUUUGAGAUUAUUUUUAAGAUGCAGCAUUUAAAGGAGGAGCUUCAUUUGUAUCUAAACCCCUGCAUAGCUCUUUGGUCAUAACUGAUGAGAAGAGGAAGUCAGUGCUGUUUUCGUGAGUCUACAGUUAGAGGGACAGAAUAUGUUUUUCUGAGUGGCAUGUGGUUGGCCUUGAGUUCUCUAGGAAUCAGUUGCAGUGAGAGACCUUAGAUGGCGUUGGCUCUUAAACAAGGCAGUUCUCACAGCAGAUGACCCAAAGUAAAUAAAUUAUCUCAAUCUUUGGUCCUUCAAAUGAGAUCUUUUUUAAAAACGUAAAGUUCAAUGUGUAUAAUGAGUAAUUUAACUAUCUGUCCUAAAAAGAUUUAUUAAGGUUUGCGUUCGAGGAUGAGAGUCACUGAGCAUAUCCAUCCUUCUAUAUCUACCUACCUACCUAUCUAUGUAUCUAUCAUCUAUCAUCUCUCUCUCAUUCAUCUAUCAGCCUAUCAUUUAUCUAUAUCCACAUUUCUGUCGAUCUCUACAAAUUUCCUUCCGUGGUCUAAGAAGUUCUGUGUUACCCUGAGUUAACACAAAACCACUGAGAACUAAGAGUUAUAGGUAUUCGGAGGAACUGCCAGGCCACCAACAUCAUGGCUGGUGCAAUUGGUUCUUCAGCUCUAGGCAAAGAAUUAUGGGGAUGCGUGGUUCAUUUAAAGUCUUUGCUCUGUUUUGGCAUAACUGUUGUGGUUCUGAGCAAUGUGCUUUUAUUUCUCCCCUUCCUGGGCAAAAUGCUAUGGAUACACCUCAGCAGCAGCUGUCUUCAGUGUCUUAGGAACUUUGAACUGAGAGCAGAGCAGCUGGCUCUAGCAGACAUGACUGCUAUCUUGUUGGGAGCAUAGCUUAGACACUGGGGAAGUGGAAGCAUUUCACUCUUGUCAGCCUCUCUUUGCUCAAGCCAGUUUUGCUCGUCACUAUGUCCUUAUUUCCCUUUGCUGCAGUUAGCAGUUACAGCUUUCUAGCAACAGUCAGGAUGUGAUUUUACUCCAGCAGAAGAGAAGCAAAGCCAAGGAGCGGGACUAUGGGUGCUAAACACAAAUGACUUGAUAUUCACUCCUGUGUUACAAUCUGAGGAGGAAGGUCAUGCCUGGAAAUGGAAGUGUGGAAGGAAAGGAACAAUAAUGCUGAAGAGUAUGCGGUGUAAGGUUUUUAUAAAAGGAGCCUAGCAGUGUAAAUUUAAGCAGAAUAAUAUACUUGUGGAUGUGGGGAAAUCUCUUGGUAAAUUAGCAGAUUUGGAACUAAAGUUUUCCACUGUGGUAUAAAGAUGAGGCUGACACUGAAGAACAAGGGGAGCCAUCCUAAGCAGAGGGAAAGAAAGGGAUGCUGUGAACAGAGUCUCAGACUGGUCCUUAGACUGGCAGUGAGGACGAUGUUGAAGAUGCUCACAUGAGGAGCAGUGUCUGGCAAAAGGAAAGGGGCUGCUCCAAAUGGCUCUUAGACUAGCAGCAUCUGACCUACUGAGUCAGUGCCUGAGGAUGAGGUCCCGCAAGCCUAACAAACCUGGCAGGGGAUCCAAACGCAGCCUGAAGCCUUGGCUGCACAGGUGUUGCCAGUUAAGCAGGUUCCUUGGCAAAGACAGAUUUGUGUGUGAUUCCUUGCCUAACCUCUCAAAAACUGGCUUUGUUCCCCAUGGGUUUCCCUCCCAAACGCCUGGGAAAGGGUGAUAGAGACCAUGAGUAGAGGAUGGAAGUGACUUGACAUGGGAGUCCAAGUGUAACAAGAAUGACCGUCACUUUUCAGUCACCAGUAUAAGAUGUUACUUAAUAUACAGCCAUCUGUGAGUUUUAUGUGUUCAGUAAGUCAGUUUAAGGAAAAGCCUUACACACUUUUCUAGCAUAGUGAUAUACAUUUUAAUAUAUAAUUCAGAAAAAAUUAAAAGAACAAUACUUCAGGUACAUAGCAGGCAUAUAAUAAGCAUCUAUUGAGAUUGGUAAUCUCAGUACAUCAGUCCACCCACAUUCUCCUGUCUGCUUUACACCCAACUAAUAGGAUGUGAAGGCUUGAAACCCAACAGUAAUACCCCACUGACUUGUUUGAGUUACAGUGUCAGCACAUGAUAAGCUCAUCUGAAGCUUUUGGAAAAAAAUGGACAUUGUACUUGAUGAUUUUAUUCAUAGUAAUUAAGAUGGGUCCUGACUUACUCCAAAGCCCACAUACCCAAAUUCUCCCAGAGAGAUGUAUGAUGAAGGAGUUCACUGUAUUUGGGAAGGUGUUCUGAAAACUGCCUAGCACUGGUUCCCUAGACUCUGCAUGUGUCCUCUUUCCUAUCUUAAAGACCAAUUAAAACCACCUGUUGCGCUGGGCUGUGGUGGUGCACGCCUUUAAUUCCAGCAUUUGGGAGGCAGAGGCAGGUGGAUCUCUGAGUUUUAGGCCAGCCUACAGAACAAGUUCCAGCAGGACGGCCAGGUCUGUUACACAGGGAAGCCCUAUCUUUGGAGGGGUGUCUUUAUGGUGACUCAUGCCAGUGAUCCUAGAAUUGCAAUGCAGAGGCAGGAGGAUUCUAGAUUGAACCACAUAGCAAGUUUUGUCUUUUAACAAACAAUUGGAAAAGCUUUUUCUAAGGUUUUAAUAAUGCAAAUGUUUUCUUUCUCUGAAAGGUAGUUCUGACCCUUGUAGAAUCUUUAGAUAUUUAAAAUUGCAGAAUGAAAGAAGAUAAUUUUGAAAUAGCUUCUGGGUAGCUUUUUUAACUACAAGCUGAAGCCACCCCAACAUCAUGGUAACAUUUAGUUCCUACUGUCUAGGAUCUCAGCCAGUACCCCUCUUUGCAGUUUUUGCAAAGCAGCCAUUCCAAACCCUGUUAACCUCAGCCUCUCAGCAACUAAUCUUGCCCUCCCACCCAUGACUGACUUAGCAGAGCGUCCUACUCCCUCUCAACCACACUUCCUCUCAGUACCCGAGUACCUGUGGAGCUGUCUUGCCCAGGUCUUUUGCCCUCAGCCUUCAUGAUUUGUGCAUUGCUUGGGCUAGCUAUAUAUAGCCUCUUGUUACAGACAUUUUUGCAUUUUAAUAUGCUCAGAAACUACCCCCUUCAAACAAAAUACCCCUCCUUCAACUCUGGACCCCUGCCCACCACUGAAGCAUGGCUCCUACUCUAUCUUUAAAUUCUGUUUUUCGUUGAAGCGGGGUUUUAGCUCUGUGUGCACAUGUAGAUCAAUUGGGAGUUUUAAAAGUGGUAAUGGUUCAUCAGGUGAAAGGCAUUUGUCAACAAGCUAUGCAUAAUUGUGUGUACAUGUGAUUAAAACCAGAUGCAUUGUAGGAGGGGACAUACACAGUAGAUGACUUUGUGACCCAAUCUAUCAAUCAAAGCACUGUUGUCAGUAAGGUGUUUUCUCUGCCAUUGUAUCUUCUACCUUGUAAUUCUAUAUAUAAAAGGUAUUGAUUUUUGUAUGUUAA